AUGCGGCACAAUCAGAUGUGUUGUGAGACACCACCUACUGUCACUGUUCAUGUAAAAUCAGGUUCUAAUCGGUCACAUCAAACUAAAAAGCCUAUCAAUCUGAAGCGUCCUAUUUUCAAAGAUAGUUGGCAAGCAUCUGAAAAAAAUGCACAUAGUAACAAAUCUAAGCGGCCCAAAGGACCCUGUCUAAUUAUACAACGCCAGGAAAUGACUGCUUUCUUUAAACUAUUUGAUGACGACUUAAUUCAAGAUUUCUUGUGGAUGGAUUGCUGUUGUAAAAUUGCAGACAAGUAUCUUUUGGCUAUGACCUUUGUUUAUUUCAAGAGAGCUAAAUUUACUAUAAAUGAGCAUACCAGGAUAAAUUUCUUUAUUGCUCUGUACCUGGCUAAUACAGUUGAAGAAGAUGAAGAAGAAGCCAAGUAUGAAAUUUUUCCAUGGGCUUUAGGGAAAAACUGGAGAAAACUGUUCCCUAAUUUCUUAAAGUUAAGGGACCAGCUCUGGGACAGGAUUGACUAUAGGGCUAUUGUGAGCAGGCGGUGCUGUGAAGAGGUUAUGGCCAUUGCACCAACCCAUUACAUCUGGCAACGAGAGCGCUCUGUGCAUCACAGUGGAGCUAUUAGGAACUACAACAGAGAUGAAGUUCAUCUGCCCCGGGGUCCUAGUGCCACACCAGUAGACUGUUUACUGUGUGGUAAAAAAGGAAGAUAUAUGAGAUUGGGACUGUCUUCAUCGUCAUCUUCAUCCAGUGACACAGUAGAGCUAAUGGAAAAACACUCUCAGGAAUUACACAAUUCAUUAUCAGUGGACAUGAUAGGUGAACCUUCUCAAGCCAAUAGCUAUUCUCAAGUAGCCAAUGACCAUCAAUCAAACAAAGAAAAGGAAACUAAUUUUAUGAAGAAAGACAGAGUUAUGGAGUGGUUUACAGGAAGUGAAGAAUGA